GCGCGAGAGGGUUUAUUCACUUUUUAUGGACCGGGGGAAAAGACACCGCAGGGGUGAACAACGUAGAUCUAUAUUUCUUCGUCGCGUCUUCUCACAAUGUCAACGAAGGCAGAGCAAUUUGCCUCUAAGAUACGGUACUUGCAAGAGUAUCACAACCGUGUCCUUCACAAUAUUUACCCUGUGCCAUCUGGAACAGACAUUGCAAACACACUGAAAUACUUUUCCCAAACCCUGCUCAGCAUUCUAUCCCGUACAGGCAGGAAGGAGAACCAGGAAGCUUCCAAUUUGGCCGUGCCCAUGACCAUGUGUCUUUUUCCUGUGCCAUUCCCACUCACCCCAUCUCUAAGACCACAAGUCAGUUCCAUCAACCCUACAGUUACUCGCUCCCUCCUUUACAGCGUUCUGCGCGAUGCCCCGUCUGACCGCGGGGGGCAGCAAAGUCGGGACGCACAGCUCUCAGAGUACCCCUCUCUGGACUAUCAGGGGCUCUAUGUGACGCUGGUGACCUUGCUCGACCUGGUGCCCCUGCUGCAGCACGGUCAGCAUGAUCUGGGACAGUCUAUAUUUUACACUACGACUUGCCUCCUCCCCUUUCUCAGUGACGAUAUUCUGAGCACUUUGCCCUACACUAUGAUUUCCACUCUAGCCACCUUCCCUCCCUUCCUGCACAAGGAUGUCAUUGAGUACCUGAGCACCUCCUUCCUGCCCAUGGCUAUAUUGGGCUCCACUCGAAGAGAGGGGGGCGUCCCAGCCUACGUCAAUCUCUCUGCCUCCUCUAUGCUAAUGAUUGCUAUGCAGUACACCUCAAACCCUGUCUACCACUGUCAGCUGCUGGAAUGUCUUAUGAAGCACAAACAGGAAGUAUGGAAGGACUUGCUAUAUGUCAUAUCCUACGGACCAUCCCAAGUCAAGCCCCCAGCUGUUCAAAUGCUUUUCCAUUACUGGCCCAACCUCAAGCCUCCUGGUGCAAUCAGUGAGUACAGAGGACUACAGUACACAGCCUGGAACCCCAUCCACUGCCAGCACAUGGAGUGUCACAACGCCAUAAACAAGCCUGCCGUGAAGAUGUGCAUCGACCCUACCCUUUCUGUCGCUCUGGGAGACAAGCCCCCUCCGCUCUACAUAUGCGAGGAAUGCAGCCAGAGAAUCGCAGGGGACCAUGCCGAGUGGCUUCUUGAUGUGCUCUUGCCACAAGCAGAGAUAUCUGCCAUUUGUCAGAAGAAGAACUGCAGCUCCCACGUCAGGAGAGCGGUCGUCACCUGCUUCUCAGCCGGUUGCUGUGGGCGCCAUGGCAACCGCCCCGUUCGCUAUUGCAAGCGUUGCCAUGUCAACCACCACAGCAGCGAAGUGGGGGCCUCAGCGGAGACCCACCUCUACCAGACGUCCCCCCCGCCCAUCAACACGCGCGAAUGUGGAGCCGAGGAGCUGGUGUGCACUGUGGAGGCUGUGGUGAGCCUGCUGAAGGAAGCGGAGAUCCACGCAGAGCUGCGGGAGUACGAGAUGAACAAACGCCGACAGAUGGGCCUGUCAGCAUCCCACCACUCCUUGGACAACAUCGACUUCGACAACAAAGAGGACGACCAGCAUGACCAAAGGCUGCUCAGUCAGUUCGGCAUCUGGUUCCUGGUGAGUCUCUGCACGCCCAGCGAGAACACGCCCACGGAGAGCCUGGCACGGCUGGUCAGCAUGGUGUUCCAGUGGUUCCACUCCACCGCCUACAUGAUGGACGAUGAGGUGGGCAGCCUGGUGGAGAAGCUCAAGCCGCAGUUUGUCACCAAGUGGCUGAAGACGGUGUGCGACGUGCGCUUCGACGUCAUGGUCAUGUGCCUGCUGCCCAAGCCGGUGGAGUUUGCCCGGGUGGGAGGGUACUGGGACAAGUCAUGCACCACUGUGACGCAGCUGAAAGAGGGUCUGAACCGGAUCCUCUGCCUGAUCCCCUACAAUGUCAUCAGCCAGCCGCUUUGGGAGUGCUUCAUGCCCGAAUGGCUGGAGGCCAUCCGCACCGAGGUGCCCGACCACCAGCUCAAGGAGUUCCGGGAGGUUCUCAGUAAGAUGUUUGACAUUGAGCUGUGCCCACUGCCGUUUUCCAUGGAGGAGAUGUUUGGGUUCAUCAGCUGCCGGUUCACGGGGUACCCUGCCUCAGUCCAGGAGCAGGCUCUGCUCUGGCUCCACGUGCUAUCAGAGCUGGACAUCGUGGUGCCCCUACAGCUGCUGAUUGGCAUGUUCUCUGACGGAGUGAACUCGGUGAAGGAGCUGGCCAAUCAGAGGAAAGCGCGGGCAACGGACCUGUCGGGAAACACAGGGCCUCGGAGGGUGAGCGUGGUGUCGGACCCCGGAAGGCGGGGGCAGCACAGCACCCUCAGCCCCUUCCCGAGCCCGUUCCGCAGCCCGUUCCGCAGUCCCCUGCGCUGCAGCCCCUUUAAGAACCUGGGCCACGCCCCGGCCCACUGCGCCCUCGACCUGGACUGCGAGGACGACGACAUGAACCUGGGCUGCUUCAUCCUCAUGUUCGACCUCGUCCUCAAGCAGAUGGAGCUGCAGGACGACGGCGUUACGCUGGGCCUGGACAACAGCCUGGCCAAGGACAUCAUGGGCAUCGUUAACAACGUCUUCCAGGCGCCGUGGGGUGGCUCGCACACCUGCCAGAAGGACGAGAAGGCUCUGGAGUGCAGCCUGUGCCAGUCCAGCAUCCUGUGCUACCAACUGGGCUGCGAGCUGCUGGAGAGACUGGCCCCCCGGGAGGAGGUCCGCCUGGUGGAGCCCACAGACAGUCUGGAAGACACCCUGAUCUUCCCGCGGGCUGAGUUCUCCAUCGGCACGGAGCAAGGCCCUGAGGAGGGAGACAACCCUGCCAGCAGACAGACGGACAACCCUGGCAACCAGAGCCACUCCCCCGACAACCCUCCCCUGAGGAACAAUGCUGAAAAGAAGUUCUCCUACCAGCAACUGCCAGUGUCACUAAAGCUUAUUUACACCAUACUGCAGGAAAUGGCUAAAUUUGAAGAACCAGACAUCCUCUUCAACAUGCUGAACUGCCUGAAAAUCCUGUGUCUUCACGGCGAGUGUCUGUACUUGGCUCGCAAAGACCACCCUCAGUUCCUCGCCUACGUCCAGGAGAAGAUGCUGAUACCCAGCUUGUGGCGUAUGCUGAAGUCCGAGUUCUGCCAGCUGGCCUCCCUGGCUGUGCCCCAGCUCCUGCACGCCCUCUCCCUGCCCCACGGUGCCGACAUUUUCUGGGGGAUUGUGGACACCAACUUCAACAGCAAGGACUGGAAGAUGCGCUUUGAAGCAGUGGAGAGAGUGGCUGUGCUGUGCCGGUUCCUGGACAUCUCCUCCGUGACCAAGAACCACCUGCUGAAGUACUCUCUGGCUCACGCCUUCUGCUGCUUCCUGGCCGCCGUGGAGGACGUGAACCCAGCGGUGGCCACCAGAGCCCGGCUGCUCCUGGACACCAUCAAGAGACCCGCGCUGCAGGGCUUGUGCUUGUGCCUGGACUUCCAGUUCGACACGGUGGUGAGGGACAGGCCCAUUAUCCUGAGCAAGCUGCUGCUGCUCCACUUCCUGAAGAAGGACGUCCCGGCCCUCAGCUGGGAGUUUUUCGUGAAUCGCUUCGAGACCUUGUCCUUGGAGGCCCAGCUGCACCUCGACUGCAACAAGGAGUUCCCCUUCCCAACCACCAUCACAGCUGUGCGCACUAAUGUGGCCAACCUCAGUGACGCCGCCAUGUGGAAGAUUCGACGGGCGCGCUUCGCCCGCAACCGGCAGAAGAGCGUGCGGUCCCUCCGAGACAGCGUGCAGGGCCCGUCCGAGUCCAAACGGGCCUUCUCCCUCCCCGAGUCGCUCAGCAACAGACUGCGCCAGAACACCCCCGAGGACGACUCCAUCAUUAAGGACCUGCUCCCGGAGGACGCCGGGAUAGACCACCAGACGGUGCACCACCUGAUCAUGGUGCUGAUGAAGUUCAUGGCGAAGGACCAGAGCAGUGCGGAGGCGGACAUCGGCAGCGCCAAGGCCUUCAACACGGUGAAGCGGCACCUCUACGUGCUGCUGGGCUACGACCAGCAGGAGGGCUGCUUCAUGAUCGCGCCGCAGAAGAUGCGCACCUCCACCUGCUUCAACGCCUUCAUCGCCGGCAUCGCCCAGGUUAUGGACUACAACAUCGGCCUGGGGAAGCAGCUGCUCCCCCUGGUGGUGCAGGUGCUGAAGUACUGCACCUGCCCCCAGCUGCGGCACUACUUCCAGCAGCCUCCCCGCUGCUCUCUCUGGGCCCUGCGCCCACACAUCCGGCAGAUGUGGCUCAAAGCCCUGCUGGUCAUCCUCUACAAGUACCCCUACAGAGACAUGGACGUGAGCAAGGUGGUGCUUCACCUGAUCCACAUCACUGUCAACACCCUGAACGCCCAGUACCACAGCUGCAGGCCCCACGCCACCGCGGGGCCUCUGUACAGCGACAACUCCAACAUCAGCCGCUACAGCGAGAAGGAAAAAGAGGAGGACAGCGUGUUUGACGAGUCUGACAUCCACGAUACUCCAACCGGGGCGUGCAACAAGGAGUCUCAGACCUUCUUUGCCCGGCUGAAGAGAAUCGGGGGGAGCAAGUCUGUCAAGUACCAGCCCGUGGAGCUGAAUGCUCAGAAAAGUGAAAUCGAGCUGUCGGAGUAUCGCGAGGCCAGCGCCCUGCAGGACAGCAUCCUGCGCUGCGUGCGGGAGGAGAGCACCAAGAAGAAGCGUCUGCAGGCCAUGCACAAGCAGAAGUCCCUGGACAUCAGCAACACCGACUCCAUCCUCUUCAACCUGGACGAGCACCGCAGGAAGUCCUGCAUCGACCGCUGUGACCUGCACGGCCACUCGCACUCCGCCUACAACGCCCGCCACGGGGACCACCACGCUAAGGGGUCUUCCGACGGCUCCGCGGGCAAGGCGGACGGCAACGACAACCACGACCGGCGUGGCUCCAGAGACAGCAGGAGGCCGGUCAUCCCGGAGGUGCGGCUGAGCUGCAUGGAGACCCUGGAGGACAAGCUGGACUCGCCAGAGUGCACGUCGGAGACCAAGGAGGACCCCGACCUCAUUGACCUCUCCUCCGACUGCACCUCCAUCCCCGAGAAGCACUCCAUCCUCUCCAUGUCCGACAGCGACUCCCUGGUCUUUGAGCCCCUGCCGCCCCUGCGGAUCGUGGAGAGUGACGAGGAAUUCGAGAGCCCCCCUGGCAACAAGCCCAACGGGAGGCCGCCCGUCUCCCCGGCCUCCAGCAACAGCUUCUGCCUGAAGCCCCAGGUGCAGGUGAGUGUGGAGGAGGGCCAGGCCCAGGGCUCUCCAGGAGGGCCUUUGCAGCCAGUGAAGAGGAGCCCUUGUAUGACCCCUACGGCCUCUCUGGAGCUCCCCGACAACAAAGACCUCAUGCAGCCUGAAGACUUCAGCGAACAUCCCCAUGAAAGCCCCAUGACCCUCAAGCAGAAGAGAGACCUUCUAAGAAAGACCCCCGCAGUCCCUGAAAUGUCCCUGGAUGACACUUCUGCCAUACCUGAGGACAUCAGAGCCGGUGGGGGGUCAGGCGCCAGUCCCUCCGGGAGAUCCGUCUUUCUGAACGUCCCAGAGGACGUAGAAGACGACCAACCGGAGGGAGACGAGGAAGACUUUGGGGAGGAGGAGGAGGAGGACAGCGACACCAAGAAUGAGGAUGACAACGAGGAAGCAGAGUUUAAGAUCCAGAUAGUGCCUCGCCAGCGCAAACAGAGAAAGAUCGCUGUCAGUGCCAUCCAGAGAGAAUACCUGGACAUCUCCUUCAACACACUGGACAAGAUCACAGACCAGCCGGCCGAUGCAGAUCACAAAGCUCUGUCCGCUCUGGAAAAGCCUCGGGAGUCCGCCUCGGCUCCCACUCUCGAAGCCGCAAUGCCAGAAACGAGCAGCCGCUCUUCGAUAUCAACUCAGUACCGCCAGGUGAAGCGUGGGUCCCUGGGGGCCCUCACCAUGAGCCAGCUCAUGAAGAGGCAGCUGGAACACCAGUCUAGCGCCCCUCACAACAUCAGCACCUGGGAGACGGGUGAGUGCCCGGCCUGGAGGCCCGCGUCUUCGGAUACUCGGGACCCAAAACCCACCUCCACAGACGCCCUGCACGCUGCCUGCACCAAUCACCUUAAAGGUGCUACCAAGACCAGCCUUCUGUCUGCUCCCAGCACAGUCAGUAUGUUUGUGCCCGCACCUGAGGAGUUCACGGACGAGCAGCCCACCACCAUGACAGACAGGUGUCGGGACUGCGGGGCGGUUCUGGAGGAGUACGAUGAGGACACCCUGGGCCUGGCUGUGGUGGUGCUGUCCAUGUUCAUCCACCUGAGCCCAGACCUGGCAGCCCCCCUGCUCCUGGACAUUAUGCAGUCUGUGGGCCGGUUAGCAUCCAGUGCUAAUUUCUCUGGCCAAGCGGAGAGCAUGUUGAUCCCGGGCAACGCGGCUGGCGUGGCCAAACAGUUCCUGCGGUGUGUGUUCCAUCAGCUGGCCCCCAACGGUAUCCUCCCUCAGCUGUUCCAGAGCAACAUCAAAGAUGGAAGCUUCCUGAGGACUCUGGCUUCGUCCCUCAUUGAUUUUAACGAACUGAGUUCUGUGGCUGCACUGAACCAGCUGCUGGAGGGUCUGAAUAACAAGAAGAGCCUGCCUGCCGGUGGCACCAUGCUACACUGCCUGGACAACAUCGCUAGCUUCAUGGAAGCCCUACCAAUGGACUCCCCCAGCAACCUGUGGACCACCAUCUGCAACCAGUUCCAGACCUUCCUUGCCAAGCUGCCCUCCGUGUUACCACUGAAGUGUCCCCUAGACUCCAGCUUAAGGAUCAUUAUUUGCCUGUUGAAGAUUCCCACUACAAGUGCCACGAGGAGCCUUCUGGAUCCCUUCUCCAAACUACUCAGCUUUGUGAUUCAAUAUGGCGUCUUCAGCCUGUCCUACCUGGUGGAGCUGUGUGGCCUGUGCUACCGAGCCUUCAACAAGGAGCGGGAUAAGUUCUACAUGUCCCGCAUUGUUGUGCUGGAGCUUUUGCAGGCACUGAAGUUCAAGUCCCCCUUACCUGACAUAAACCUUUUACUGCUGGUCCAGUUUGUUUGCGCAGAUGCUGGUACAAGACUAGCUGAAUCUACCAUUCUUCAAAAGCACAUGAUUUCCUCACUUCCUGGGUGUACUACAGCUGCCAUGGAGUGCAUGAGACAGUAUGUCAGUGAGCUCCUGGACUUCAUCGCAGAUAUGCAUACACUUACAAAAUUAAAAAGCCACAUGAAAGCCUGUUGCCAGCCUCUGCAUGAGGACACCUUUGGCGGGAACCUCAAGGUGGGCCUUGCUCAGGUGGCUGCCAUGGAGAUCAGCAAAGGCAAUCACCGUGACAACAAGGCAGUGAUCCGCUAUUUGCCUUGGCUCUACCAUCCUCCCUCUACCAUGCAACAGGGGCCAAAGGAGUUCAUUGAAUGUGUAUCACACAUCCGUCAGCUGUCCUGGCUGCUGCUAGGCUCCCUUACCCACUGUGCUUUGCACCAGGGCUCCACUUCCUGUAUGCCCAUCCCACUGGAUGCAGGCUCCCACAUCGCCGAUCACCUCAUCGUCAUCCUGAUCGGCUUUCCGGAACAGUCUAAGACGUCGGUGUUGCACAUGUGCUCGCUCUUCCACGCCUUCAUGUUCGCCCAGCUUUGGACCAUCUACUGCGAGCAGGCGGCGGCCACGCCCACCCUGCAGAACCAGAACCAGAACGAGUUCUCGUCCAGCGCCAUCCUCACGGGCCUGGAGUUCUGGAGCCGGGUCACCCCCAGCAUCCUGCAGCUCAUGGCCCACAACAAAGUGAUGGUGGAGAUGGUGUGCCUGCAUGUCAUCAGCCUCAUGGAGGCACUUCAGGAAUGUAACUCAACCAUUUUUGUAAAGCUUAUUCCUAUGUGGCUGCCUAUGAUUCAGUCCAACCUCAAGCACCUGUCGGCGGGGCUGCAGCUGCGGCUCCAGGCCAUCCAGAACCGCGUCAACCACCAGUGUCUGCAGGGCAUGCAGGGCUGCGUCCCGCCCGGUGUCCUGCCCUCCGCCCUGCGCAAGUGGCUGCAGUGCACGCAGUUCAAGAUGGCGCAGGUGGAGAUCCAGUCUUCCGAGGCGGCCUCGCAGUUCUACCCCAUGUGAACGAACUCGGCCCGUGGAUACCUCCCCGCCCCACGCACCCGGCCCGGCCCGGCCCGGCCCUGCCCUGCCCUGCCCCUCCUCUCCCUCCCAUCCGGGGAACGCUCCACAGCUGCCCACACCAUCUCUCCGCUCCAGACUCCUCCAAGCCCAACACCUCUGGUCUUCUUCGGCUUCACGCUUCAGCUUUCGCUGGCAAAGUGAGCGGGUUUCCCCCCGGUUGAACUGUCCAUCUAACUGUGUUCCAGAGGUUCAAAACGUAGACAGCCUAGAGGUCAUAGAGGGCAGUAGAAUCAGAGGGAGCAUGCUCAAAUUCUUGUCAGGGAGUGUGGGUCAAGCAGGGGCAGGAGCUUGUUUCUCGAUGUGGCACAGGGGGUCUGUGGUAGCAGUUUCCUGUUCAGAUAAGGAAAGGGAGUCAAGGAGAUUGCAUUUGAAGGCAAGGCCAGAGUGAAUGCCCAAGUGUUAGAAGGUGUAAUGUGUUCUGGACUGUAUCUCAAACGCAGAAAAGAAUAAGUGCUUCAUAGAAGAAGAUUGGCCGAUGCUCUACUGUAAAUAUCGAUUACCUGCAGAUGUGCAGCUAGCCACAGUCACACUCCGCAGCAGAGGAGGACAUUUUGUGUCCCUGGAUAAUGAUAAUAAAGGGAUAUUAUGCAUAUAGCUUUGAAAAGUGCUCUGUAUUCAUAUGCAUUCCAGAUGCCAAUGUAUUUUUCUCCCCUUUUCGUUGCUGUUGUGGUUGAAAGCCAGAACAAUAAAAUAAAGGCCACAUCAAAUUUUUAGAAAAUAAA